AUGUGGCUUAUCAACGCAACGACGCUGAAGCUCGAGUUCUUCCACAACGCGACAGACGCUCCCUACGCUAUUCUUUCCCAUACCUGGGGGGACGAGGAAGUCUCUUUCCAGGAUUUCCAGGACACCUCAACCGCUGCAGCAAGAAAAGGAUAUGGCAAGAUUGUCCAGACUUGCGAGCAUGCUCUCAAGCAUGACCCGCCCCUGCAGUACUGCUGGGUUGAUACCUGCUGCAUAGACAAAUCGUCGAGUGCAGAGCUGACGGAGGCCAUCAACUCCAUGUGGCAAUGGUAUAAACAAUCCAGAGCAUGCUUUGUCUUUCUGUCUGACCUCCCGGCACGCGAUGGCAUGUCUUCACCAGAGCUAUUUGAAGCUGAGCUCUCCAAAUGCCGUUGGUUCGAGCGUGGAUGGACGCUCCAAGAGCUGAUAGCUCCGCCAAAUGUUCUCUUCUACGACCAGCGAUGGGGCCUUCGGGGCACCAAAUCAGAGUUGAAAUCACAACUCGAAAGGAUUAAAAGGAUUACAACGGUGCCCUGGGAGUCUCUUCUGGACUGCGAUGAAGCCCAAGACUGUGGUGUCGCCAGAAAGAUGUCGUGGGCUUCUCGACGACGCACGACGCGUGUCGAGGACACAGCGUAUUGCUUGCUCGGCUUGUUUGGUGUCCAUAUGCCCUUGAUCUACGGCGAAGGAGAGCAGGCAUUCAUUAGACUUCAAGAACAUAUCAUCAAGGAUACAAAUGAUCGAUCAAUCUUUGCUUGGAUAUCACUCUCUGAUAACGAAGUUGUCCGUGGCAUAUUUGCGAGUUCGCCAGCGGAAUUCAUACAUAGCGGGAAUAUUCGGGCCGUGGCGAAUCACAGCAAAAAGGAUGUGGAGUUUACCUUAACAAACAAGGGUAUGCGAUUCACUGACUACAUUACUAUUUUUCCGGAAGGUCGUGAUCAGCAUGGGCUCGACUUGGAAUGUAUCGAAGUUAUUGAUAAGGAAAAGCCCGUGGGAUUCGUCUGGAUCCCCCUUCUGAGGAUAGCCGGGUGUGGCUUUGCGCAUGGAGACUUUCUUCGUUGCUAA